CCUGAGUAGCUAAGGAAAUAAGGGCUAACACGUGGAAGCAGUAAUUUGGCGUGUUUUGCUUUUCCUUCAGGGUACUGUAAUGCCAACGGGGAUUCUAUAUCAUUAGCUGAAGUCGACGUUUACCUCGCAGCCUGCCAGCAGGUUUAUGUGCUUUAUCAUGGCGGACUGCGGUGACGAUGACUCUCAGUACAGAAUUAAGGAAGGUGACUGCAUUGUGAUGAAACGAGGAGAUAUAUUCAAAGCUGCGCAAAUUCAACCGAAAAAGAAGGUGGUUUUUGAGAAACAGUGGUUCUUCCUGGACAAUGCAGUGGGUCACCUGUACGGCACCGUGUUCGAGACUGUGUCUGGAGGGACGCUGCAGCCACAGAAGCCCAAGGACACGGAGAGCUCUUGUGAUGCUAAGGAGGCAGGCACAGACAACAGAAACAUCGUAGACGAUGGAAAAUCACAGAAACUGACCAGAGAUCACAUUGAGAUGUUCAAAAAGCAAGGUCUGAAGGGUCAGCAAAUCAUCCAAGAGCUGAUAGAGAACAGCUCCACAUUCAGAGAUAAGACUGAGUACGCCCAGGACAAGUACAUCAAAAAGAAAAAGAAGAAGUAUGAAAACACUGUGACAAUUCUGAAACCAUCUUGUCGCAUCCUGGCUAUGAUGUACCAUGGCCGGGAACCGGGGAAGAUCUGCCACCUGCGGUAUGAAACCCUCGCCCAGAUGUUGACUCUGGCAAACGUCCAUGCUGGCAGCAAAGUUUUGGUGUUUGAGACUUGUGCCGGUCUCGUGCUGGGAGCUGUCAUGGAAAGAAUGGGGGGCUAUGGCUCUGUGAUCCAAAUGUACCCAGGAGGUGGGCCUGUUCGGGCGGGUGUGGAGAGCUUUGGCUUUCCUGCACAUUUUCAUGAUACGCUGCAUGAAUUUCCCAUCUGCCAUGUCAAUGCUUUGUUGUCAGGCACUCUUCACACCACUGGCAGGGACUCCAGUGCUGAUGAAAAGCAGUCCAGCAUGGUGGAGGAGGAGAAAAGCCAGCCUGAUGCAACGCAGCAGGGCAGUCCAGAGGAACAGAGCAUGGAGACCAGCGCUGGUGAUGACACUGGCCAGGACCAGGAGAAAACACAGGAGGAGAAACGCAAAGAAGCCAAAGCUCAGGAAAAGAAAGUGAAGCUUGAGGAGAAGCGAAAGAAGCUGGCAGCUGCUGCUGCCCUGUUGGAAGGCAGAAAUGCUGACGGGUUGGUUAUAGCCAGUCGGUUUCACCCCUGGCCAGUCCUAAUGGGUCUGCUCAAAUUCCUCUCCCCCUCCAGGCCUUUUGUAGUCUACUCCCAGUACAAGGAGCCUCUUAUUGAGUGCUACACAAAGCUUAAGGAACAAGGUGGUACGGUCAACCUCAGACUAACAGACACCUGGCUCAGACAUUAUCAGGUGUUGCCUAACAGGACGCAUCCUCUGCUACUGAUGAGUGGGGGCGGGGGCUACCUCCUCUCAGGGACCUCUGUCGUUAUGGACCGCUCCAAACCCACAUGUUCCCAACAAGCUGAGGAACCAGCACCAAAGAGACUGAAACUGACAGACACUGAAGGAUAAACCAAUAAAGAAACAUCGGGUCUUCAAAGGGCACGUACCUAGCAGCCUGUCGGGAUUUUCCUCCAGCGUUCACUUCCUUUUCUGCUGAACUGAUUUGACACAUCUGUAAUAAGGGGGACAGUGUCUGGUUUGCAUUCAUCAACACUGGUUUUUGUGUAUUCAGAUCAGUGCAGAUGGAGUAAUGCUGAGGAGUAAAUUAAGCCCAUUCACGCUGUCUGAGCUCAGUCUGUGUUAUGUAAGGAACUGCUGAAAUAUUGGUUUUGUGUUGAGAGUAAAUGACAGGUUUGUGAUUCACACCUUGA